AUGAAACUUCCACAAAAUUCAACCCACGACGGAAGCUACGAUGAAUCACAUGACUACUACGAUGGUGUAAAUUACAAUGACAAAAUCAAAAAACAACAAUACAGGCGUGUAAAAGGCAAACGGGAUCAUGCAUCUCAAGUGCUCCUCUCCGUGGCGUCUGCAACAAUCCAGUUGAGCCACACCUAA